UACUAAGUGCAAUUUUUCUACCUUGAUCCUGGUUUGUCCUGUGUCCUGUUGUGAAGCAGAGUAUGCCUCUCGUUGCUCUCGUUCUUCUCUUUGAUAUUAUUGAAAUAACAUUUCACAGCAAAGUGAUAGAUACUUUUUAGAAAAAUAAUAUUUUCUUAAAGUGUUGAAAAUAUACAACUAUCUACAUGGAUGCGUUACAGUUAAGAAAUUUCAGAGAUUUUCUUCUCCUCUACAACCAAAUAUCUGAGACCUGUUUUAAGAAAUGUGCAAAUACUUUCCUCACUCGAGAAGUCACUUCCAAUGAAGAUGUUUGCGUAAGUAAUUGUGCACAAAAAUAUAUUCAUGCAAAUCAUAAAAUAAUGGAGAUAUUUAUGGAAGUGCAGCCUAUAAUGGUUCGUAAAAGAAUAGAAGAAAUAAAUACAACUCAAGCUGCAUUAGAAGCACAAAAUCAGCAAGUGACACAAAAUUCACAAUGAUACUGAUAUCAAUUAUGUAUGAUGUAUUUAUCUGUCUUCAAAUAUUCUCUAGUUAAUUUAAUCAUAAAUUAUAAAAUUCUGUGGAAUACAUGUACAUA